UCCUUGGCGCUAGAGUUAUCAUGUUCUGCCGGACUGAUAACCUCAUACACCUUCAUGCAAUAAUUCACGGAACUUAUAAAAGGCAAGAUUCUAGUAGAAUUGACCUAUUAGAAUAUCAGGUGCAAUUUCGUUACGAUAAGCUGAUGGUUCUGCUAAAUGGUGCUAACAUAUCUGUAAUUAAACACUCGAAUGGAGCAUCAUCUCGGCUGGUUUACUGAUUGUUUAUACAGCUAUAAAGAUCAUUUUUGUAAGCCUUCGCGUAAAGAAAGCAAUGUAUUGCGCAAUUCUCCUCUGGUCACCGGUAAUCGUCGUAACGGCAUGCUGCGUCUUUCUGACAACGGGGCAACCCCCCACACCACUGUCACAACACGAUGGUCACCAGAACAACAGCAUGCAAUUGGCCAACGCUAACAGCAAUGCGCUGAAUCGCGAGAAACGCAUUUUCCCCGCGAACAGCAACACCGCUCCGCGGAAAUAUUCCAGCUGGACUAAGUGGUCGCAGUGUGCGCGUAAUUGCGAGCAGAAGCGUUUUCGGACAUGUUUAGGAACGGACGAAAAAGACUGUCCGCAUGGACCACUCCAGAUGCAGAGUCGGCAUUGUAAACGCUGUCAUAACGGUCCGAAAUCGAAGCCCACUCAUCAUCAGGUUGAUGAUGUGGUGGCCUCCAACUCCCUAUACGAAGAAUUCUUUUUCACGUCCUGGAGCCGAUGGUCCCAGUGCCAUAAAAAAGACUGUAAACAGUAUCGGUGGAAGUUGUGCGCCUUUUAUCCGAUCUGUGGAGAGCGCCUGAUGGUGCAGCAGCGCACUUGUCCGGAACGUGUUUGGCACGUAUGCGCGGAAAAACCGGAAUCACCGUCGCCGACCAUAUCACACCGGAAUGGAUCAGAGUCCGACAGUGACUUCGAUGACAACAUUGUUGUGGAUACAAAGAGCAAUUUGACAUGCGGAAUAUCGCUCGCCCGAGCGACCAAUGUGACAAAGAAGAUACUUGGCGGAAAAGCCAGCAUGAAAGGGAAAUGGCCAUUUCAGGUAAUUAUCUUAAAUCACUACAUGGAAAACUAUUGCGCUGGAACGCUUAUUUCCAACUGGGUCGUUACCGCUGCGCACUGCGUUAAAAGGCGAAUGUUUGUGAAACUGGGCGAACACAACAUUUUUACAGACGAGGAAACGGAGCAGCUGUUCCGGCCUACGCGGGUUAUAAUUCACCCUAACUUCGACGAACAAACAGUCGAGAACGACAUCGCUCUUUUGAAAAUUGCUGAUAAUAUAAAAUGGGGAACUAAUGUGCUGCCGGCUUGUCUGCCUGAAAAAACGGACGAUCCACUGUUGCAAUCCAAUCAAUCUUUGAGAUGCGUUGUUCUGGGUUGGGGCAAGCGAAAGCCCGUGGAUAUGGUUGGCUCGGAUGUACUGCGAGAAGCCGAAGUGGACAUAGUGGAUCAACAGCGCUGCGUCGAUGCCUACACAGGUGAUCACGUCAUUUCACCGCGUAUGAUGUGCGCCGGCGGCGGAAGGAGCGGCAAAGGUGACACGUGCGAAGGUGACAGUGGGGGGCCAUUGCUGUGCAGAACAAGCGAGAAUGAUACAGAAGGCCCAUGGAAGCUAAUGGGGAUCACCAGUUUCGGGGAUGGAUGCGGGAAGCGAGACAAAUUCGGUGUUUAUACGAGAGUUGUUUCGUUUUUAGACUGGAUUGAGAAAAAUACGGCGAAGUAAAGCUGUUGCGAUAACCACAGCACCACAAAUCGCGAUUGCGCACAGCAAAAAAUACGUUUUUGAUAUAGUUAUUAUAAUGUAUCCUUUGGGUUUAAGCUAUGUAUUAAGUAAUUGUAUAGCGUGGUCAGGUGGUAGCGACAAUAUCCACAUAAUGUAAAUUGUAAAUACUUUUUUGUUUAGCAUGACAGCGCUAUACUGACUGCAUGAAUGCAUGAAUGCUGCAUUGUAUUCAGCAUGCAUUUAAUGCAUUACUUUAUUUCACUUUUCUGUUUCAUUAUGGCAUUUGUUGCAUAUUUUAUAGUGUUAUGUUAAUCUAUGAUAGAAUCCUGCUUAAUUUACUGCUCUCUGCGUGUUGGUAACAUUGUACUCCUUGUUAAGAGAUUACCAAGUAUCAAUUCGGCUCUUCGGGUAUUACGGAGAAAAAGCGUUUGAGAAAACGUAAAUCUUACUUUUAUGUUGAGAAUUUGGGAUAUAUGCAUAUUUUUUAAAUGUGCGAUUGUCUUUAACCGUGUAUUGUAUUCGUAUA